CAUGGACAAGCAGUCAAUGGUCCGAUCUAAUGCUCAAAAAAUACUUGAUUCAGUGAAAUCCUCCUUUGGCUGCGUACGAUGUGAUGAGGAAUGCAAUGAGUAUGGGCUACUAUACUGGUAUUACUAUUACAUGCUACAUACACGGUGGCUUCAGCCUGUACUCCGAGUCCUAGGCUACAGCUACGUGAGACACCGUCCUCAAGUUUACCGAACUUGACUCGUUGACGCCGCCCGGUCACCCUCGGAACCGCAUCGAGUAACCUACAUAAAUGCAUAGUUUUUUUUUCUGCAAAUAUCAAGCCCACUCAAAGUACGCUCGACCAUGAGUACAGAACCCGCUUCACUCGCGUCACAUAUCACACCAGAGGGCCUUUCGGCCACUACUGACGAAAAGAAACCUGCUCUUUCAAAGGAGCUCUCGCCCUCGGACCACGUUACUCUGGACAUGAAAGAGAAUUCAAUGGGAAUCCGAGGCUUUCUCCCCUGGCAGAAAAAAGCAUCCAAGGAAAUGGAGAACAAAGCCGAGAACGCGGACGCAGUAGACACACCUGUCUCUGCCUCAUUCUUAUCGUUAUUUCGGUAUUCAACUCGCUUUGAAAUACUGAUGAACCUUUUUGGCGUAAUCUUUGCUGUGGCAGCUGGCGCUUCACAACCUCUAAUGACUUUAGUAUUCGGCGACAUGACCCAAGAUUUCGUUACAUUUAAUUCAGCUCAGAACGAUUACUAUCAAUCGCUACAGUCUAACAAUGCGAGCGAGAUUGCGCAGGCUCAGCUCGCACUGGAUGCUGCUUCUUCCGUAUUUGUUCAUAAUGCCAGUCUGGAUGCUUCUUACCUCGUCUAUCUUGGUAUCGCGAUGUUUGUUUCCACGUAUAUGUACAUGUACACCUGGGUUUAUACUUCAGAGGCUAAUGGGAAGAGAAUACGAGAGAGGUAUCUUCAGGCCACCCUUAGACAGGAAAUCGCCUACUUUGAUGAUGUGGGGGCUGGAGAGGUUGCAACGCGCAUCCAAACCGAUACUCACUUGGUACAAUUGGGGAUAUCCGAAAAAGUCACUGUUGCAGUCACUUGCAUCAGCUCAUUCGUCGUUGGCUUUAUUAUUGCAUUUGUCCGGUCAUGGCGUCUUGCUCUUGCAUUGUCAUCCAUCUUUUUUUGCAUCAUAAUCAUAGGCGGCACCAUGAAAACAGUUCUCUCCAAAUACACGCAAUUGUCCUUGAAGCACAUUGCUGAGGCAGGCAGUCUUGCAGAAGAGGUCAUAUCCACAGUUCGCACCGCGCAAGCUUUCGGGACACAGAACAUCUUUUCAGGAAUUUACGAUAAGAACGUUGACGUAACUCGCAUCGUUGACAUCAAAGCUAGUAUUUGGCAAGGUGUGGGUUUAGGCUGCCUCUUUUUUGUGAACUACGCUGGAUAUGCGCUGGCGUUCGAUUUCGGAACUACUCUCAUAAAUGAGGGCCGGGUCAACGCCGGACAGGUUGUAAAUGUCUUCUUCUCCAUCUUAGUCGGAUCUAUGUCUCUUGCCCUGCUUGCGCCUGAAUUACAAGCCAUCACACGCGCUUGCGGUGCUGCCGCCAAACUCUUCGCUACGAUCGAGCGUGUCCCUGAUAUCGACUCUGCAAACCCAGGAGGUCUCAAGCCUUCAAAGGUCUCUGGCGAGAUUACGUUUGAGGAAGUCAAAUUCCACUAUCCGUCUCGCCCAGAUGUUCCAAUUCUCAAAGGCAUCGACAUCACCUUCCCGGCUGGCAAGACCACUGCUCUUGUUGGCGCAUCUGGAUCUGGUAAAUCUACGAUCGUAUCUCUCACGGAACGCUUCUACGAUCCCCUCAGUGGCUCCGUUACGCUUGACGGAAUUGACUUGCGAGAACUGAAUAUCAAAUGGUUACGCUCUCAGAUCGGUCUAGUCUCGCAAGAGCCUGUGCUUUUCGCGACGACUAUCAGGGGCAACGUCGCAUACGGUCUCAUUGGCACACAAUACGAGGAUGCAUCUGACGAGGAAAAGUUCCAACUCAUCAAAGCAGCCUGCAUAAAGUCCAAUGCCGAUAGCUUUAUUAGCCACCUGCCACAGGGAUAUGACACAAUGGUUGGUGAGCGAGGUUUUCUGUUAUCAGGAGGGCAAAAACAGCGCAUCGCCAUUGCGAGAGCUAUUGUCUCGGAUCCACGAAUCUUGCUCCUUGAUGAAGCAACGAGUGCCCUCGAUACUCGCUCAGAAGUGAUCGUACAAGAUGCUCUGGACAAGGCAGCUGCCGGCCGGACUACCAUCACCAUCGCUCAUCGCUUGUCAACGAUUAAAAAUGCAGACUGCAUACUUGUCAUGGGCGAGGGACUCGUACUGGAGCGAGGGACUCAUGCGGAACUUCUGGCAGACGAGAAUGGCGCAUACUCUCGUCUCGUCACGGCUCAAUCUCUCCGCGAGAGUCACAAAGAUGACGAUUCGGAUGCAGUGAUAUCAAAUGACGAGACAGAUUUGGAAAAGUUUAGGUCAGAAGAGGUCCUCGAUCGAAAGAGCACCAUUCGUUCUAUCGGAAGCGACGUCGUCAGUCAAUUAAAAGAAAGAAUAGAGGACCAGGCCCUAGAGGAAGAAUACGGUCUAUUUUAUUUGAUGAGACGAAUUGCUGGUCUUCACCGCGGAGUGCUUCGCCGAUACUUGAUUGGAUCUUUCUUUGCCAUAUGUAAUGGUGCCGCUUAUCCUGCCUCUGGUAUAAUCUAUGGAUACGGAGUCUCCGGCUUUAGCGCGACCACAAAUUCUGAGCGCAGCUACGAAGGAGACCGAAAUGCUCUCUGGUUUUUCAUUCUUGCCAUUCUAUGCGCCUUGUGUAUGGGUUUCCAGAACUACUUCUUCGCUUCUGCUGCUGCUAUCCUGACUGCCAAGCUCCGUUCAUUGAGCUUCAAAGCUAUCCUCCGACAAGACAUUGAGCACUUUGACGACGACAAGAAUAGCACUGGCACUCUGACCUCAAACUUGAGUGAAAACCCCCAGAGGAUCAAUGGUCUUGCUGGCAUAACUCUGGGAACAAUCAUUCAAUCUGUCGCAACUCUAGUUAUUGGCUUGGCAAUUGGCUUUGCAUACGCCUGGAAGGUGGCUAUUGUUGGCAUGGCAUGUGUCCCUGUCCUGGUGUGCGGUGGCUAUAUACGUUUGCAAGUAGUUGUUCUGAAAGAUCAGAGGAACAAAAAAGCGCAAGAAAGCUCUGCUCAGAUUGCCUGUGAAGCUGCGGGAGCCAUUCGCACCGUUGCAUCAUUAACCCGAGAAGAGCACUGUCUUGAUAUUUAUAGACAGAGUUUGGAAGGACCUAUCAGAAGAUCCACUAGGACAGCGCUCUGGAGCAACUUGUUGUAUGCACUCUCUCAGGCCAUGGGUUUCUGGGUGAUUUCUCUAGUCAUCUGGUAUGGCGCGACGCUCGUCUCGCGAUCGGAGGUAUCCACACAAUCAUUCUUCAUUGCUUUAAGCACGGUAUUUUCCUCAAUGCAGGCUGGUAACUUCUUUACCUUCGUGCCUGACAUGUCAUCGGCGAAAGGGGCCGCCGAAGCUACUAUCAGGCUCCUUGAUUCAACUCCUGCGAUUGAUGCAGAGUCAACCGAAGGCAAAAGUGUUCCGAGCGAGACUAUCAAGGGCCGCAUACAGCUGGAGAAUGUCCGUUUCGCUUACCCCACCCGUCCCAGAAUGAAGGUUCUUCGUGGUCUCUCGCUUACCGUCGAACCUGGAACCUAUGUUGCCCUAGUCGGCUCUAGCGGUUGCGGUAAAAGCACAGUCAUUCAGUUACUAGAGCGUUUCUACGAUCCACUGUCCGGACAGAUCUCGCUGGAUGGAGAGCUUAUUGAUGAAUUUAACGUCAAGGCAUAUCGACAGCAGAUUUCGCUUGUAUCACAAGAACCUACUUUGUACGCAGGAACUAUCCGCUUCAAUAUCUUACUUGGUGCCGCCAGACCAGAAUCCAAGGUCACGCAAGAAGAAAUUGAGGCUGCCUGCCGUGAUGCCAAUAUACUAGAUUUUGUUCAAUCGCUUCCAGAUGGGUUCGAUACCGAAGUUGGUAGCAAGGGAUCCCAGCUGUCUGGAGGUCAGAAACAACGUAUAGCAAUCGCUCGCGCACUGCUUCGGAACCCAAAGGUUCUUCUACUCGACGAAGCUACAUCAGCCCUUGAUUCGAAUUCUGAAAAGGUAGUACAAGAGGCUCUUGACAAAGCUGCCAAAGGUCGCACCACCAUUGCUAUCGCCCACCGUCUUUCGACUAUCCAGAACGCUGAUCGCAUACAUUUUAUCAAGGAAGGCAGAGUCAGCGAAUCUGGAACUCAUGAUGAACUUCUUGUGCGGAAAGGAGACUAUUACGAGUUCGUCCAGCUGCAAGCACUCAGCAAGAAGUAGUAGAAGUUUAGAAUAACGCCUAAUAUUUGACUCAUCAUAUAAUCACUGUCUCGUCUAAUCAGUCAUUUUUUUUUGCUUUCCAAAGCCAUAAGGCCCAAACCAGUCGGAGGCGGGCAUCAAAAGAAAAUCCCUGCGGAUCACAAACACCACAGUAUCGAGCGACGUCUGCAUCGAUAUCAAUUCACCGCUGGCUG